AUGUCUGACAAGCGGCCAUCAGCGGAAGCCCAAGGCCGGCGGCUUCCCGACUCCUUCACGGCAAGAACACGGAGGCUCAGAGUGGAAAAAUCACCCACACCUGUGAACGAGGUUCAAACUUGGGCUGAUUUUCCAAAUCAUUUUACCUAUGCUAGAGCUGCUUCCAAAUUGCAUACCCAAAAGGAGGAACUUGUCAAACAUCAGUACUUCCCUGAAGAUAGCCCCAGUGCAGGCCUGGGACCUUGUGGAUGGAUUUUGGUGGCUGUAUCAUUCUUGUUCACAGUUUUAACUUUCCCGUUGUCAGUAUGGAUGUGCAUAAAGAUCAUAAAAGAAUAUGAAAGAGCCAUCAUCUUUAGACUGGGUCGCAUCUUACAAGGAGGCGCCAAAGGACCUGGUUUGUUUUUUAUUCUGCCGUGCACUGACAGCUUCAUCAAAGUGGACAUGAGAACUAUUUCAUUUGAUAUUCCUCCUCAGGAGAUCCUCACUAAGGAUUCAGUGACAAUUAGUGUGGACGGCGUAGUCUACUACCGCGUUCAGAACGCUACCCUGGCUGUGGCGAACAUCACCAACGCUGACUCAGCAACCCGUCUUUUGGCACAGACGACUCUGAGGAACGUCCUGGGCACCAAGAACCUUUCCCAGAUCCUCUCCGACAGGGAAGAAAUUGCACACAACAUGCAGACUACUCUUGAUGAUGCCACUGAUGACUGGGGAAUAAAGGUGGAACGUGUGGAAAUUAAGGAUGUGAAGCUCCCUGUGCAGCUCCAGAGAGCCAUGGCUGCUGAAGCAGAGGCAUCCCGGGAGGCCCGAGCCAAGGUCAUUGCAGCUGAGGGAGAAAUGAAUGCAUCCAGGGCUCUGAAAGAAGCCUCCAUGGUCAUCACCGAAUCUCCUGCCGCCCUUCAGCUCCGGUACCUUCAGACACUGACCACCAUUGCUGCUGAGAAAAACUCGACAAUCGUCUUCCCUCUGCCCAUAGAUAUGCUGCAAGGCAUCAUGAGGGCAAAAUAG